AUUUACCAAGUUCCAGAACUUACAAUAUUGUCAAUCUGUUCCCCUCGCUCCCUCGUUAGUCGUUGAUUGAUCGGUCAGUUCGCUUAAACAAAGAUAGAGAUAAAGGAAUCGUUGCCUAGUCUGAGCGAUCGUAAUGAUCUUCAAGGAUCCGCCAAUCUGCGUCACUAAACACGUUUGUCGUAGCGAAAAAGUGUGUGGCGUGCUCUCUUCAGAAAUUUGUUUCGUCAUUUCAUUUGGUGUCAGUUUUCCAGUAUCCUUCAAAAGCAAUAGAUCUACUGUCCCUGUGAUUGCCAUUGACACAAUCCUAUAAACAGAGGUUACUGUUCAACCUUCCAUGAACUUCAUAGCCAACGAACGGUCAUCGAGCUCGCACUGUUCGCGAUUAAAUUUUGACACGCCCACUCAUUCGUUUGGCCGAGCAAGAGAAAUCCACAUUCCAGUAAUCCCUUGGGGAUGGUUAUGGUCCAUUGGUCUAUGUUCCUGAUUGAACUCGACCACUGAUUUUACCUCGACCAGCAUCCAUUCAGGGCAGUGAAUUUCACCCCGAAGAAGACAAAGAACCGGCUCGAUCGAGUCAGCGCGCUCCUAGCUUACACCAUUACUAACGUGGUGCUCCUUACCUUCGCCGUCCCAAGAUUUGACCUAUUUAUACCCAAAUCGGUCGAGCCCCCAACUACCUCUGUUCCGAUUUUUGAUUGGUUGGGACUCAGACUACUCAACGGUCGUUAUCUUUAGUCGACAGAAUGCCACCCCAUUUUAAUCACCACCCUUCCUCGUUGACCGGGCCAAGCCUCCUCACCGAUGAAGACGAUUGCAGUUACCCUUCGUCCUUCGUCGAGAGCUCACCAUCACGAUCUCAUCGACCCGAAUAUCUUGAAGAACAUAAAGAAAAGGUAUAUUAUUGGAACACCGUCCCUUAUCCCGUUCCACCCGCGGGACAUUGUUCGGUUCAUUCGAUGGCAAGGUCACAUCAUCGGGACUCCCGAUGCUUAACCAAUGUCACCUGCACAUGCCCGACCGUCCUAAACCAAGUCAGCGACGCCUUUAAACAAGCCUUCCAAGUGGGCAUCAAAAGUGGUUGGGCCGUGGGUUUGUUAGGAACCGAGAUUGGGUUGAAUUUCUUUCGCAAUAUCUUCAUUGAGAAAGGGCCAACUCAUAUCAUGAAAACCUCCACAUUCAUCUUCAGAGUGAUGUCGGGUGAUAGCCACUUCACCCCCCCCGUGUUUCAAGAGCUAGCCGCUAAAGUUAGUCGCGAAGGCUUUAUCAUCGAGAAUCAUCCCGUAACCACGGAUGACGGCUACAAAUUGAAUAUGCAUCGUAUUCAACGUCGCAAAGGCGAAGUGAACAAGAUCAACAAACGCGUUGUGUUCGUCCAACACGGUUUGAAAUGCUCCUCGGCCGAUUGGAUCAUCGGCAAAUUGGCCUAUGUUCUGUGCGACUCCGAUUGCGACGUUUGGAUGGGCAACUUCCGCGGGAACACCUACAGCAAGGGUCACGUAUCCAUGUCUACCGACUCCGAAGAGUUUUGGGAUUUCUCUUGGGAUGAGCACGGCAAAUCGGACUUGCCCGCCAUGAUCGACUACGUUCUUCAGCAUACCCAGCGAUCUCAAAUUGAGUUCGUGUGUCAUUCAAUGGGUUCCACGGCCUUUUUCGUCAUGAUGAAUUACUAUCCCGACAUGAAUCGGAAAAUCAAGCGGGCCUCCAUCAUGGCCCCCGUCACCAACAUUGAACAGGUAUUUGGUCACCCACGUCGCUUCCUCCACAGUGCGGAAAUGAGCAUCAACGUGGCCAACGCCUUGGGUCUUCACGCCAUCAACUUGCCCAAAAAUGUACCGUUCUAUGCUGCCAUCUCGACGCUAGUCACCUAUGCCACGGGCUACUACGAUUGCGAUUCCAGGACUCUAACGGACAUUCUGGCCUUCAGUCCAGCUUCGACUUCCACCAAGAACAUUCUUCACUACUUGGCUUGUCGAAAGCGCGGGUCCUUUGGCAACUUCGAUGGGACUCGGACCUAUAGCUUGACGCAGGUCACUUGUCCCGUGGUCAUGUAUUGGAGCGCCAGCGAUUGGGCCGCCGGACGGCACGAUGUGGCGGGCAUUCGAUCCCAAUUGGCCAAUCUCGUCGAGGAGCAUCAAGUGGAGGACGAGAAUUUUGGACAUCUGGAUUUCAUGUGGGGGCGAUCAGCCAUGAAAAUCUACCGACAUAUGGCCCUCAAUCCCCCUCGAUAAGAAUAGAGGGGGUUGUCUUUUUGCGCUGUGAUUGAUCCAUCCCAUGUUUCGUCCCAUUUCUCGUCCGCCAUUUUGAGUUUAUAGUCUCAAUAUAAACGACUAAUUCUGAAAUGUUGUCAUGUGUAUAUUUUCAUGUAAAAUAAAUUAGUAAUAAUAAACAAAAA